AUGAAUUCCCAUCCCGUACGAGCCGUACCGAGUUUGGCCUUGCCUAGCCCGACAGAAAUCCGCUCUCUAGUUAUAACACUUGGUCAUGGCCUCCUGAGCAGAUUAGCAUUGUUGGAUUUAUUAACUGAAGAUGGGGAUCAUGUGUGCAUGCUCGUCCACCCCCAAUGGGAGAGGGAUGAAGAGAGCGGAACGCUAGCCACUCCAGGGGAAAAUCAUCAGCCCAACCUAGUGGACAAGAAAACAUCAACACAUCAAGUAUACGAGGUCUCAGUUCGUUUCCUCAUAAUGUUGGACGAUAUUAAAACUUUAAUAGCCAAACGGGCUGCUCUCAAAACGCGUUUGACAAAGUUUAACAAUUUCAUAGCAGACCCUCGAAACGUUAAAAAGGCAAUAGAAUUAAAAAGGCGGUUAGCAUCAAUCGAACCUUGCUUACGCGAAUAUCAAGACAUUGAAGUGCAAAUAUCCACUGUGGACGAAAUACAAGUCAAGGACGACGAAGCAACCGAAUUCGAAAAUAAAUAUUUUGAAGCUGUGAGUAAUGCAGAAAGCUUAAUCCAAGCUGCCGGGGCUUUGGAGUCAGUACCUAACUCGAAUUCGUCAUCAAACCGUAACGAAACGCUUCCGGUCAAGCUACCUGAAAUUUGUUUGCCCACGUUUGAUGGGUCCUUUACUGAAUGGCUUAGUUUUCGAGAUUCUUUUCAAUCUUUAAUUAAUAAUAAUACCAGUUUAAAUGCCAUUCAAAAGUUUCACUACUUAAAAGGUACUUUAUCGGGCGAAGCACAAAAAACAAUUAGCCAUUUGACACCGUCCACCGAUAAUUACGCGGCAGCAUGGGCGUUACUCGUGGAAAGGUAUGAAAAUAACCGACUGAUCAGUCAGCAUCACGUGCGCUCGUUAUUUUCAUUGCCCAACAUUAAUCCAAAGGAUUCUGCAUCGCUCAGAACCCUUUUGCAAAUAGUCAAUUCGAAUCUUAAGGCAUUAGAGGGAAUUGGACGUCCCGUACAUCAAUGGGAUGAUCUUCUUAUUCAUUUAAUUUCUUGUAAAUUUGAUCACGGCACAACUAUUGCAUGGGAAGGUACAUUGUCCAAAGACAUUCCCACAACAACAAGCAUUCUUGAAUUUCUGACACAACGUUGUCAAAUGUUCGAAUCAUUUGAAGCGACAUUUCUUAGUAAUAAAUUUAACGUUCCAAAUAAACCCAAAUUUCCGUUCAAUGCUAAGUACAAUAAGCCAUCCAGUCAUAUCGUAAACAGAAACGAACAUAGUCAAAUAUCUUGCAAUUACUGCAAACAAUCGCAUACUAUCUUUUUUUGUCAGAGUUUCCUAGGUCUUAACGUGGAUCGCAGAUUAAAUGAAAUAAAAAAACGACAUUUAUGCACGAAUUGCCUACGUAGCGGACAUACACUCGAGACCUGCAACGCCGGCAAUUGUAAAAAAUGCAAUAGACGUCAUAAUACUCUUUUGCACAUAGAAUCGCAGCCACAACCCUCUUCAAGUACAAUGAGCAAUUGUGCACAAAUUUUAAGCAAAAAUGUAAUUUUAUCAACCACACAAGUUUUGGCGACAGGUGCUAAUAACAAAGGCAUAAAAUUUCGUAGUUUGCUAGAUAAUGGUUCAGUCUCAAAUUUUAUUACCGAGCGAGCUGUACAAAAAUUGGGGUUAAAAACUAUACACAAAAUCAAUUUACCCCUGAUAGGAAUUGCAUGCAAAUCUUCUAUUAUUAGUAAAGCAGUCAGUGUAAAAAUUUCAUCAAUUUCCAAUUCAUUCAAGGCCUACUUGGACUUCUUAAUUGUUCCCGAAAUCACGGGUAACGUACCUGCGCAAUCAUUUACACCAUUGCAAAAUCUACCCACCAAUAUCAAAUUAGCCGAUCCGUUUUAUAAUAAGUCACUAGCCGUUGACCUCUUGAUAGGGAACGAAAUAUUUUGGGACAUACUUUGCAUUGGUCAGUUCCGAAUUAACAAAAAUGGCCCGACAUUACAAAAAACCCAGUUCGGUUGGGUAAUUGGAGGCGUUCUAAAUCAGUUUAAUUCAUCAAAUAACUUAACCUCAUGUAACCUUUCAAAUAUUUCGUUAGAUAAACAAAUUAUAAAGUUCUGGGAAGUAGAAAAUUUACCUGAAAAAUCAGACAGUUCAAGCGUAAACAACACCUGCGAAGUACAUUUCAAGGAAACCUUUACAAGGGAUGCAACUAGUGGUAGGUUUAUUGUAAAGCUCCCAUUGAUAAACGAACCGCCUUGCUUGGGACCGGAACUUAUUUCAGCAGUACUCGAAAUUUAUGAGGGUCUAUCUAGCACUGGGGCACAUGACCGAAAUACCGAAUGUGAACCCGACAAUUCCGGUUAUUUUUUAAGCCAUCAUCCGGUCCACAACGAAUCGUCAACGACCACCAAAUUGCGGGUUGUUUUCAAUGCGUCCAUGAAAACUGAUAACAAUAAAUCCAUAAAUGAUAAUCUAUUAGUCGGCCCUAAUCUCCAACAAGAUCUGUUCAGCAUUUUAAUUAGAUUUAGGAUUCAUAAAGUAGUCGUUUGUGCGGACUUAAAAAAGAUGUAUCGUCAAAUACUUUUACAUCCAGACCAUCGUAAGUAUCAAAAAAUAUUUUGGCGAAAUGAUUCAGGCGAGGAUAUCAAGGUUUACCAACUGAACACGGUCACAUAUGGAUUUGCUAGUUCGUCAUAUCUAGCAACGAGAUGUGUGCAUGAACUAGCUAAUCUAGAAAUGCAAAAUUUUCCGGAAGCAGCAACCAUUACUUUACGUGACAUGUACGUGGACGAUUUGAUCUAUGGCUCAUCCAAUGUUGCGGACGCGGCACAAUUACUAAAUGAUAUCAAGCAAAUUUUAAUUAAGGCAGGUUUUGAGUUACACAAAAUAAGUUCCAAUUAUUCAUGUGAUUUCGGUUUUGACGAGGAACUUCAACAACAAGAGCAGAUUUCUUUAGACAAACAAAAUACCAUUAAAACAUUAGGCUUAUUCUGGGAUAAUAAUAAUGACAUAAUUAAGUACUCCUCCACUCACUCGAAAAAUCCAAGAAUUAACAAAAUUACUAAACGCGGCAUUUUAAGCACGAUCGCUCAUAUUUUCGAUCCGUUGGGAUUAGCGGCACCUGUAGUCAUAACUGCUAAAAUUAUUUUACAAAAAUUAUGGUCACUAAAACUAGAUUGGGACGAAAGUUUACCUAUUGAAUUACACACAAUGUGGUGCGAAUUUCUAGAAACCUUUUCACAGCUUAACCAGGUAGCGGUACCGCGCCGAGCUAUUUGCGAUUAUCAACAAGUCGAAAUCCACGGAUUUUGCGAUGCAAGUCAACUUGCAUACGGGGCAUGUGUUUAUUUGAGAUCUCAAGGUCCGGACGGUACUUAUCAAAGCCAUAUUUUGUGCUCAAAAAACAAGGUGGCUCCCUUACAAUCAUUAACCAUUCCCCGAUUAGAACUGUGCGGAGCUCUGCUUUUGGCCAAAUUGGUAUAUAAGGUAACCAAAUCUUUAUCUAAUUUUCAAAUCCGUAAUUAUUAUUAUUGGACCGAUUCUACAAUUGUAUUGGCAUGGCUCCGUACAGAACCCGCCUUAUUAAAAUCUUUCGCUUCCCACAGAGUCUCAGAAAUUCAGUCUCUAGCCCCUUAUAACAAUUGGUACCACAUUCCAUCAAAUCAAAACCCUGCGGACAUUCUGUCGCGUGGCGACACUCCGCGUCAUUUGAUGUCUUCAGAUUUGUGGUGGCACGGCCCUAGUUUUUUAACAACGCCACACAUACCAUAUAUACAAGAAGUCCCCUCAGGCACUAAUUUACCAGAAAUGAAACCAAAAUGUUGUUUAAUAGUGCAAAGGGUCACUAAACAUUGUUCCCUUUGGUCUAAGUUUUCAAAUUUUGACAAAUUGUUAAGAAUUACCGCUCUCGUGCGUCGUUUCAUUUUUAAUUUAAAAAACAAACAUAAUAAAAAAUUGGGCGCUGUAACUUGCAGCGAACUACGAGAGGCCCAUAGCUUAAUAAUAACACAAGUUCAAUCCGAAGCCUUUCACAUCGAUAUUCACAAUAUCAAAAAACAUAAUCAGGUUGCCAAUAACAGUAAAAUAAAAAACUUAAGCCCCUUCAUUGACUCUUCUGGGUUAGUAAGAGUUGGAGGUAGAUUAGCAUACUCCAACAUUCAUAACGAUCGGAAAUACCCUCUAUUGCUGCCGAAACAGCAUUUCAUUACAAAUCUAAUUAUUAAGAAAUAUCAUGUCGAAAAUUUGCACAUCGGUUGUCAAGGUACUUUAGCAGCAGUACGCCAACGAUAUUGGCCUGUUUCAGCCAAAAACGCGGUUAAAUUAGUCAUUUUCAAUUGCCUAAGGUGUUAUCGAUGCAAACCAAUUUCAUAUGAACAAUUGAUGGCUGAUCUCCCGGUAACACGAGUAACUCCAUCGCGGCCAUUUACAGUAACUGGUGUUGAUUAUGCAGGGCCAUUCACACUAAAAAACGGCCAUGGAAGGACGGUAAAAACAAUAAAGGGUUACAUCGCCGUCUUUGUGUGCUUCGCUACCAAAGCAGUGCAUAUAGAGCUUGUGUGUGACUGCACGUCAAAUUCAUUUUUGAAUGCAUUAAAGCGGUUUCUCUCCCGUAGAGGUAAACCAAGUCAGAUUCAUUCUGACAACGGAACGACUUUCGUAGGCAGUAACCGGCAUUUAAAAGAGUUAUAUCAAUUAUUCCAAACAAAAUCAUUUAAAGAUGUGGUAGUAGGCAAUCUUUCAAAUUUAGGCAUUAUUUGGAAUUUUAUUCCUCCAAACGCCCCCCACAUGGGCGGUUUAUGGGAGGCUGCUGUAAAGUCAAUUAAAGGGCACAUUAGACGAGUUUUAAAUAAUACUUUGCUGAACUAUGAGGAAAUGAAUACCGUGUUGAUUAUGAUAGAGCUUCUGGAGAAGAUGAGACAAGAUGUGUGGAAACGGUGGUCCAACGAGUACCUGCAUCAGUUACAAACCAGGUACAAGUGGAGGAACGUUCCAGCAUUGAAGCCCGCCAAGGGGGACCUGGUGGUAGUCCGCGAGGCCAGCACUCCGCCACAACAGUGGCCUUUAGGGCGAAUCGAGGAGCUACACCCGGGAAAGGACGGACAGUGUCGUGUAGUGACGAUCAAAACAAUGCGGGGAGUGUUUAAAAGACCAUUAACGAAAAUUUGCGUUUUGCCCAUGGACUCUAACAAGGACUGUUGUUUCAUAACAACAAGUAUUAUGGUGACUAUCAAACAGGAAGUUAAUGUAACAGAGUCGCUACCUCAAACGCCUGUAACGACAGCAUUCCACGUCAUUUGUCGAGGUAACGAUUAA